GCCCUGGCAGACCGGUCCCGCCGCGCAGCUCCCGCGGCCGGGCGGUGAUCCGCAGCCGCGCCCGCCCGGCGCAGGCCAGACAGGAAGAAGGAAGCUACCGGCGGCGGGAGGGCAAGGGCAGCUAUAGCGGGGAGGGAGCUAUGUUUCAGCCAGUGCGGUGGAAAGCUUGAAGAAGCAAUAAGAAGUUUGAACGGUAAAUAUAGAUUCAAACAAUUAACAAAGGCAGGGUGAAGACUUUGCCACGUCGUGACAAACAAGUGACGGGGAGAUCGACUCAGCUGCAGAUCUUCCACAUUUGUUAUCAGCCUACCAGCGCACGCUUUGGGAGGAACUUUGAUACACAUUCUGAAGAACAGAUUGCAUUGUCACAAGUGCAGAAUUGUGUGACCUAAAAUUUGAUACCAGCUGCAGAGUAGAUGGCUCAGCUUCCUCCCGGGAUUCGCUUCAUCACUUCAUUUUCACGAGAUCAGUGGUAUAGAGCCUUCAUUUUCUCCCUCACUUUCUUCUUGUAUGCCAGCUUCCAUUUAUCAAGGAAACCUAUUAGUAUAGUUAAGGGAGAGCUCCAUAAGCAUUGUGCUGUUUCACAUGAAGCUGAACUCAACUCCUUCAAAGAAAAUGCUGCCCAGAUUCAGCCUGUCAAAAAGCCAUCUAAUAUCUCUCAGUGUGGUUGGGAGCCGUUUGAUAAGAACAACUACAAACAGUUACUGGGAGCACUGGAUUACUCGUUUCUGUGUGCAUACGCAGUUGGAAUGUAUUUAAGUGGAAUAAUAGGAGAACGGCUACCUAUCCGCUACUACCUGACAGUUGGGAUGCUUGCCAGCGGGCUCUUCACGGCAAUGUUUGGAUUGGGUUAUUUCUAUAAUAUACAUAACCUGUGGUUUUACAUAAUGGCCCAGAUAGCUAAUGGGUUGGUGCAAACUACUGGCUGGCCGAGCGUUGUUACAUGUAUUGGCAACUGGUUUGGAAAAGGAAGGAGAGGCUUGAUCAUGGGAGUCUGGAAUUCACACACUUCAGUGGGAAAUAUCUUGGGAUCUUUAAUUGCUGCUUAUUGGGUGUCAACAUGCUGGGGUCUCUCCUUCGUGAUGCCUGGUGUUAUCAUUGCUGUGAUGGGGAUUGUUUGUUUCCUGUUUCUUAUUGAACAUCCUAAAGAUGUAAGUUGCUCCUGCACACCAUCCAGUAGUUCUAAAACCUUCCUGAAUGGUGCAUCUCGAUUCAGAGUCCAGACAACCUUAAAUGCUAAGGAAACCAGCAAACCUCAGGAUCCAGAAAUGCAGCAUUUGCUUCUUGACAGUGAAAAUUGCAGCAUGUUGCUGAACUCCAGCGCUGUGGUGACUGGGGAAGGUAGACAUGGGACAUCAGCUAUCAGCUUCCUUGGGGCUUUGCGAAUACCUGGAGUCAUAGAAUUCUCCCUUUGUCUCCUGUUUGCGAAGCUGGUGAGCUACACUUUCCUCUUCUGGCUUCCCCUCUAUAUCACAAAUGUAGAGCACCUUGAUGCCAAAAGAGCUGGAGACCUUUCUACACUGUUUGAUGUGGGUGGAAUCUUUGGUGGAAUUUUGGCAGGCCUGAUAUCAGACAGGCUGGAGAAGAGAGCAUCAACCUGUGGAAUGAUGUUAUUGCUUGCAGCACCCACACUGUACAUGUUCUCUGCAGUCAGUAAAAUGGGCCUUGAGGCCACUGUAGUGAUGCUGCUUAUCAGCGGUGCCCUGGUGAACGGCCCUUACGCACUGAUCACCACUGCCGUCUCUGCCGACUUGGGUACCCAUAAAAGCCUGAAAGGGAACGCAAGAGCCUUGUCCACAGUGACAGCGAUCAUCGAUGGAACAGGAUCUGUAGGUGCAGCUUUGGGGCCUCUCUUAGCUGGCCUGAUUUCCCCAUCUGGUUGGAACAACGUGUUUUACAUGCUGAUGGUGGCAGAUGCAUGUGCCUUGCUAUUCUUACUCCGUCUUAUUCAGAAGGAACUUCGGUGUCACACAGAUCAUACCCUGUUUAAAGAACACUGAGCUGCAAGACCAGGUCUGGAGAAGGACUGUGUCAGUGACCAGAGCAUUUCCCUGUAAAAACUUCACGGAAUGCAUUAUUCUAUAUUUAAGAGAUCCUGUUUGGUGAAGAACUCUGUGUAUUUACUGGAAGCAGUGUGAGAAAUGCAGCUGGUAAACCCCUGAAGCUCUUACUUUUGCACAAGUACCUCAGGAUGGCAACUAUUCAUCAGAAGAGACAGGAACAGUGGGAAGGUUUUAGCAGUGUGCCUCAACUGAGCCAAAGAGAAAUGCCAAGUGCCUUUUUAUUUCUUUUGAUAGAAUGUUUUUACUCAAAAUGCCAACUUGUGUAUUUUCCAGAAACAAGUCAAAACAAGAGCAGAAGGAGGUUGAAAUGGUAUAGUCCCCAGUGUCAGUGAGCAAAGUAUGUAUCCUUUAUGCCAUCUUGCACACAUCAAGGGCAUCAUGUUGUGGAGGACAGUACCAGCUGGUUAUUAAGAUGCACUGCUUUUAGUAUUCUGAAGCUGCUGAGACAAUAAUAACCUCACUGUAUUAUUAGUUUUUUAACUACAGUACAACUUCUAUUUCCCAAGGACAACAUCCUUUCUUUUGGUAGGUAAUGAAAUGGAAUUGGCUGUUGCAGUUAGCAGUUCUCACAGCCUCUCUAGAUAGAUGUUGGGACUGUGGAAAAAGGAAUCUGAAGCAACAAAUGUAGAUUAUGAGUCAGAAUUUCCAGGGAGUGAACUCUAAUGAUUUCCAGGGCAUUAUAAACUGGUUGUGCUAACAUCACAUAAUUGUGCUGGGUUGAAAAGGCCACCUUUGGGGUGGCAGAGAACUGUUGAGCUGUCACGCUUCAGUACUACAGGACUGAACAGAUGAGCUGCUUUAGUGCCUGCUGCCGCAGUGAUCUCCAUUGGGUACUUCCUGACUUCAGUGCUGGUGUGUGCACAUGGAAGUCAUUGUCAGACCAGGGCCUUAAAACCCACAAAUCUCUUUCAGGUGGCUAAUUUGAAGGGGCUCUGAAUUUCCGGUUUGGAGCUGAAC